UUGCCUAUAAGAAUAAGAUCGUUACAAGAUUAAGGACUACUAAAGAAUUUGAGAAACUAAGAGAUAAUCAGGUGGAUAAUGUUCAUCAUAUUGUAUUUCGACCUUUAUUGUUGCAAUGUGGUGGUCAUUUCUUACUUUAAAUGGCAUUCUUAAGUUCUUCGUUCCGUGCAUGCAUUAGAUAAUCUGGCAACUCGAAGCCUAUGCAAUUACGUUGGAAGUUGGUAUCAACAGAGAGGUUUUGCUGGACACAAAUUGAAGAGCCCAAGAGACGGGCCCACAAUCAGAGACGUCGAAAUACCGUGAGCUUAGUCAGUUCUGUUUCUUUCCAAUUAUUUUUAGUUUGCAAACAAAAUCGAGUACCGCUUGAACCGGACCGGACCGGACUAAACCGGUCCGGUUCCCCUGAAAACCCUGGUUCCCUUGCUCUGUCUCAAAAUUCUCUCCGCUUCUCCACUCUCACACACCGUCGGUCCCCCUCACUCUCGCUCGAGCCGUCGUUCGUUAGGGUUUCUGCGGGCUCGACGAUCUGAGCUUCGACCUGAUCUGGGGGAGGGAGGGGUUCGCUCGGUCGCCUGGGUUGCAGAGAUUAAAGAUAUUUUUGGCUUAUGGAGGCGUCUCAGGAUUCCAAUGCAGAGAUCGUCUCUGUUGUUGAUGCACUAAAACCCCGCUCGUCGCCAACAGAUGAUCCAUCUCACCCAGAGGUCAAGGAAGGUGACUUGUUGGGGAAAAAUCCGAUAUCAGAGGAGACUCUUGUAGAAUUGGAAAAGAACAUGAGUGAAAUGAACUGUCGAAUAUUAGAAGAGACUGUUGUGGAAUUGGAAAAGAAGAUUAGUGAACUGAAUUGCCAGAUAAAGUCUCAUGAGGGAGAAUCGGAAAUGAAUAUGUUUUGGAACCCUCUCUAUGAAGAUUCAGGAUUUAAUAUGUCUUGGAACAAACUAUAUAAAAUUAAAGACUAGGUUCCGCAAGAAAAUCAGCUUGUUGGUGUGGUUGCUUGCUGCUGGACACCGGUUGCGCAUGUCUCCUGAUACUUCCCCUGGAGAGAAGGUUUUAUCAGGUUCUUCUGGUGGUGAACUAGGUAUGGAUCGGUCAUUCUGGAUUUUGGAUUUUACGAGUUGCUGUGCAUCCUGAUCACUGGAAAGUCAGAUUAGCUGGUUCCUUGGAUUCUAAUAGUUUGCUUCUAUUUUGGCCAUUUUGCACCAUUACCAUUGAGUUUCCUGGGUUUCCAACCAUGAUUCCCUCGUGGAUUCUCCAUAAAAAAGGACCGAAAUAUAGCAGCUUGGUCUGGGCACCUUUAGUAAUGAAUGAUGACUGCAUUGUUCAGUUCACCAACUUCCCAGUGAUCUAAUUAUUGAAAUAUGAACAAAAUCACUUUAAAAGAGUGAUUUCCAGAUCAAAGGUCUUGAAGAUCAAAAGCAGCAGCCGCCGCUUCAUCGCGAUCGCGUUGCAACAUCCCAGAGACCACACCCGAAACAAGUGACAACCGAACUAAUUGAUUGAUUCAGGAAAAAUGAAAACAAAACAAGGACUACAUGUUUGAUUCACGAAAUAUAAACAAAUAAAGACGGAGAUACAAGGAGAAGAGGUGGAC